AUUCUGGCUGCCCAUGCCAUCGCAAGAUUGCACCUCAGUACUACUUUCAGUCUGAGACACUGCCGCGUCAAAUGCCUCUCCCGCCCUACCCACUACCACAAAGACCCGUUUCCCUACCAGCUUGCCCAUAUUCCCUCUGCAGGCAUUGUCCAUUGCCCGCUUCUUCGCCCUCCUGUCGGACUCUCGACUGAACUCCGUCCGCUUAACGAACCCGCUACUCCUUCCCCAAUGCACACAUGUAUUCAUAUCGAUAGUCAUACAUCUACCAGCUCUCUCCUCUUUCGGCCAAAUCGCCAUCUUCCUGUCAUGUUCGGCUCGACAGAUGGUCUGAGCAUGCAUGCCUGGCCGCUCAUCCGGGGCGGAUUUCAUUUCGCGGUUGACUGA